AUGGCUGCAGCACAUUUCAAAACAUUGUGUCUCAUCGGCAGCGGAGUGAUUGCCACAAUAGGCUUCUUCAGAGUGUAUAAACCACCCCAGGAAAAUGGUGUCUACAUUAGGCAUCUACAUAAAGAAUCCACCAUCAAGUUAACCCCAAAAGAGCGUCAUUUCGUGAGGUUUGCCUCUAUCGAGCACGCUGGUCAAGUUUACAUGACUCCACAAGACUUUCUGCAAUCGGUUUUGGAACCUAGCGCCUACACAUGUCUCAAGCGAAGAAUUCUCACAAACGAUGACAUAUUCAGAAUUCAAUCUGCCGUGCCUCCCGUAAAGCAAAACACGUCCGCUUUUUUCCGCAAGCUGUCCGACAAAGGGAUGAUCUCUUUCAGCGAAUACCUGUUUCUGCUAUCGGUCCUAACCAAGCCGGAAAUCGGUUUCCGAAUCGCGUUCAAUAUGUUUGAUAAGGACGGAAAUCAACGGGUGGAUCGUGAGGAAUUUUUAGUGAUCCGUGGAAUAUUGGGACAGUCACUCAGCAAACGAGAAACGGAUGACGGUACGAGGAAAGUGUUGAGGAAAUUGGAAUCGCAUCGAACUCUAUCCGAAAUGAGACCAUACGAUGCGAAGGAUGUAACUACCACACUACAAAUACACUUCUUCGGUCGAAACGGUCGACAUUCGCUGCGGUACGCAGAUUUUAAACAGUUUAUGCAAAACCUUCAGCGAGAAGUUCUACAGAUCGAAUUCGAUCGAUGGGCCAGGGGAAACGAGCGCAUCUCGGAGGUAGAUUUCGCAAGAAUCCUGCUGGGAAAAACUAGAUUAAGGCCACGACAAUACGAUGGGUUUCUGCUGCGAUUGAAAACCCUAAACACGCACAAAGGUGUUUCAUUCGGAGAGUUCGAAAACUUCUACCAGGUGCUGCACAAUCUGAAGGAUAUCGAUGUGGCGACAAAGGUGUUCCGUUUUGCAUGGGAAUCGAUGUCUAAGCGAGAAUUUUCCAAAAUAGUGAAGAUUUGCUGUGGUUCGCAGCUGGAUGAGCACUUAGUGGACAUUGUAUUCGCACUCUUCGAUGAAGAUCGGGAUGGGCUAAUAUCUUACGAUGAUUUUCUGCUCGUCCUGAAGAACAGAGCCCGUUUGUUUCAGGACCUCCGACCGGUGGGCUGGAAAGCCUUCAAGCGAUGCUACAGGCGUGAGACUAAGGAACACUAA